GAAAUUAUGUGAUAUUUACACUUUUCCCCGAAGAGAAGAAUGCAGGAAAAUAAUUUAAAUUUCUCUUCGUGAAUAAAUCUUAGGUCUUGUUAUUGAACUUGUUACUAUCAUAACGAUAAAAUUAACUGUUCAUCCUAUAUGUAGAAUGUUUACAUGAAAAAAUAACAAAACAAAAACAAUAUGUACAUAUUGUUUUUUUUUCAUGCAUGUGUGUAUGUAUGCAUAAUUAUAUCCAAUUGAGAAAAGAAAGGGAGAAAAUGAGAAAGACAAAAAUUACAUAAAUAUGUAAUGUAUGUUUAGUCAAAGGUGUGGAUAGAUGCUGUGUUGUUUAAAUGUAAGCACGCAAGUGAAGGAAAUCAAACUGACGCAAAAAUGAUGAAUCAGAAAAAAAGAUACAUAAAUUGAUAAUCUGGUUAGUGAAUCUAAAGCAGAAAGUGAGUGUAUAACGAUUAUUGAUAUUGAUAGAAGGCUGUGAGUGGUAGAGUUGGUGCGAAUGAUUAAAGUUUUGGCGCUGGUUGAAUCAGAGUUGUGUCCCCUUGCUGCGAAUCUCUGUCAGAAAGUUAAUAUUGCCGCAGUAGUUAAUGGUCUUGUUUCAUAGAAGAGACAGGCUGGAGUCUACUGCUUUGAUUUCUCUAAACUUCUGAGGUCAAUAUUGUUUGCAGAUUUGACCUCUUGGACCAUUUUCAAGAUGGUCACACUGGCAUCCUGUUGGACUAAAAGAACUUAUUUACGAUUGUUUUAAACUUUAUACAGUGAUAAUCAGAAAUGAGUGUAUGUAUGUGUGUGACUGUGUUUAAACAAUUGUCUGUGUAACUAAAUUCAUAUUUGUAUGUAAAUAUAUAUAUGUGUGUGUGUGAUGGUAUCUAAAACAGAAACCAACAAAUGUUUACCUGUCAAUAAUUGUGAGUGUGUUUCUAAGAAUUGGUAAGAGUAUAUUAUUAACCAAAGACAUUGUGACUUGUUAUUGAUAAAAUACAUCAAAAUAAAUGAAAGUUGAGAAAACUUAUUUCUCUCAGUUCUGUUUUUACUCUUUACAAAUAUAUUGAAAAUAUCAUUUGCUACAGAAAUAAUAAAAAAAAAGUAAAGAAAAAAGACACCAUUAUAUAGCAUCUUCUGUCCUAAUUGUUGAAUGAGUAAACAACAAUCCACCUCCUCAACACCACCACCGACAGCACUGCCGUGUUUCAGUACGACUGCUGGUGCGGGUGUGGGUGCUGACAAUAACUGCUGGUAUCCAUUCAAUUUCUUCACCAGCCUCACUGCUCUACAAAACACAACGACUGAUCCCCAACCAUCUUUGGCUGCAGCACCAGCUCAACACCCUGCAGGAUUUACAUAUCCUGCAGUUUCCACAGCUGCAAGUGCUGUUGCCAGCUUGAAAAUGCCUUUCGACUGCGAGAUUUGUGGCCGGAUUCUAUCAGGGUCUGGCCACCUAAAGACACAUCUGAGGACACAUACUGGAGAAAAGCCUUUCAAAUGUGAAGUCUGCGGGAAGUGUUUUGCUAAUUCUGGUGCCUGGAAAACCCAUGCUAAAACACACACUGGAGAAAAGCCUUUUAAGUGCGAUACAUGUGGUCGAAAAUUUGCCAAUUCUGGUGCCCAGAAGACGCAUUCACGCACGCAUACGGGUGAAAAACCUUACACAUGUGACAUUUGUGACAAAAGAUUUGCUAAUUCUGGUGCCUGGAAAACACAUCUUAAAAUCCAUAUUGGAGAUCGUCCUUAUAAAUGUGAAACCUGCGGUAAAGAUUUUUCAAAUCCUGGAGCUCGUCGGAUUCAUAUCAAGUCUCAUGCUGGAGAUAAAUUUUUUAAGUGCCUGACAUGUGGUAACAACUUUGCUAACAAUGGUGCCCUUAAAGUGCACAUGCUUAGCCAUGUGAAACCUGACCUCAGUGUUAUGGGGGCAGGAGUUCCACCUCAUUCUAUCUCUAAUAAUAACAACUGUAAUACUUGUGACAAGACUUUUCCUGCUGUCUCACCACCUCCACAAAUUCCAUCCCCUCAUAAAGCCCCACAAAAUCCGAUCCAACAACAACCUCCCUCCUCAGACAUUCUCGAUGGUGCUUUUACCAUCACUUCACCUCCACCAACAUCAUUACCAAACCUUUCCAAAACUGCAUUGUCCAUCCCAACAUCUGUUGGUUUUGGCAACUCAGAUAAAACAUUCAGUAUGUAUCCAUCCCCUAUAAAUCACUUAAAACCUCCCGGUUUACCCCAACAUCCAUCAGUCCAACAUCGAGAGGUGUGUGGUAAGUCCAUUACUGGUGAAUCCAUACCCAAUCCUCACAUUGUUCCACCCCAAAAUCACCAGCCACCACCACCACAGAUACAACCAUAUGGGUUUGACUGCCACAACAAAGGUCUUCCACCUUUACGACCUUUCCCUGUACCAAAAAUGAACAUUAUGGACAGACCAUUAGGUGAAGCACUGGAUAUUUUCCAUAGAUUAGCACCAACACAAAGGAUUGUCAAUGAUCUCAGUAGCCCUAUCAGCAUUACGGACCAUGAACUAUAUUCUCACUUAUGGGAACAAGGACAAUUGUCUUCCGAACAUCAAAUGCUCCCUUCAGAAAUGGAUGUUUAUCAACUUAGGGAAAAUCUUAUAACGCAAGCAAAGGAAUCUCUGAGUAUGCCUUCAUGAAUGAUGACUACAAUUUGGUGUAUUGCAAGAGAAGUAACUCAGCCAUGAUCAUUAUUUCCAUUAUUCGUCACUUUCUCAUGAAUCAACCAACAAAUGCUACGCAGAAUGAUGGGUUGUUCCCCUUGAAUCUUUUUUUUUUUUUAGCGAGUUGAUAUUUUUCAAAUUUAUUCUCCCAGUUUUAUAAUUUUAUAUUCCUUUUUAUGUGACAAUAUUUUCUUUAUACUUUGUACAAUCGAGAAGAACAAACAUGACAUCUUGAUAUACUAGAAUAUUAUCGAACGAAAAAGAUGCUAUUCCAUAAACAUAUCCUUGAAAGUUCUCAGAAUAUUUGGUGCUUAGAAAAAUACAUAGAAAAUGUUUUACUUGUCCCAACAUUUUUACAUUAAAAAACAAGAAAACCAUUUGUUUUCCCUCCAUUAUUCACUGCAAAAUUAUGUCAUAAUUUUGGUCUUUAAGUUGCAAUUUUGAUAUUAUUUUAAUGUUUUGUAUACAUACACUUGCACACAAUUCUUGAAGUAUGUAUUUUUAAUUUUGGUUUUUUAUUUUGUUUGUUGUAGCCAAUAUUUCCAUGACUUUUCACCACCCCCACCCAAUUUAUAUAUAUAUAUAGUACAUAUCAAAUGGUUUAUAUUUGAAAUUUUGUACUGAAUUACAAUGGCAAAUGUUUUAAAGAGAAGUAUCUUAUGUCUGAACUUUCAGGUGUGUGUGUGUGUGUGCAUAUUCUUCUCACAUGCCCAUAUAUACAUGAUUAAAAAAUAGAACAGACACUGAAGCAACACUUUUGAAAUUUUUUUUUUAAUGCCAAUUUAUUUUUUGAUUUUUAGAAGUAUAAUUCUUACAAUCAUAAUUCUUUAGACUAAUAGCUUCAUCUUUAUUGAAAAAAAUAUCUUACUUUUUACACCCAGAUGACAAUAAGACUUAUUGACCAAAGUAUAGUAUUGAAACAUCUCUCACUUGUAUAGAUGAGGUUAAUGGUUUUAAAAAUUACAAGCUUAUUAUCAAGAACAUGUCUCAGACAUUUAGACAGUUAAUCAAGUUGAACUUAUGUUUAUUCACAACAAAAAUUUUAAAAAAACGUUUCUUGUAGCAUGUGAGUUAAAUUAUUAAGUCUGAGCAUUCCUGUUGAAUUGCCACAAACAAUAUCUUACUUUCAGAAGUUUAACACAUAAAUUAUGAUAUAUUAAAAUCUUAACUGUUAACUUAUUCAUCACAAUAUAUAUAUAUAUAUAUAUAUAUAUAUAUAUAAACCUACCCUCACAAAAAUAACGUUGCCAAAGACUAUACAAUUAUAUAAUGCCAAAAACCCAAAAGAACCUUAGUAAAGUACAGUCUGAUGGAGGUGAGGAACCUGAAACUUUGAAGUCACUGUCAAUUUUUUCUUCAUUGAAGUUAAUGUGUAUAUAUUAGAACAAAAAAAAAAGUUGGCAGGUCAGCUUAUUAGAUGUAUAGUAAUGACAUAACUGUCUUAGAUCAUUGUAAUUUUAGUACAAUUGCCUCUCCUAAAAAUGUCUCAAAACCUUUGGAAUGCUCCUCAUAUUUAAAGGAAAUUAUCACAAUGCAACUGAUUAGUUACUUUACGAUGUUAUCAUAUAAUUUGACAGUGUGUGUGAGUAUAUGUAUAUAUAUAUAUAUAUAUAUAUAUAGAUCUAUAUAUAAUAUAGUUACGUACCGUUUUAUUUAAUAUGUUUGUCUACAUUCAGACAUCGAAAAACAAUACAUUGCACUAGUUAUCUCAAGUGAAUAAAUUGUUUGUAAGGAAAAUUUCUUCUCUCAAGACAACUUGUGCAGCGUAUUGUCUUUCCAUAUCCAAGUGUACAAGUUGUCUUGAGAGAAGAAAUUAAAUAAAACUGUACAUAUUUCAUUCGAUGUUGCUUAGUGAAGCAUUGAAUGGAAUAAUGUCUGCAGCUAUCAAUUAUUUGCAUUCAAUCCCUCCAUUACAUUUUCUUUUCUGAAGAAACUGCUCGCUUAAAAUUUCACAUGAGUAACAUAUUCUUUGUACCAGAUGAACUUUAAUGUCAUAAUUUUGAAUAAUUUAGUAUGAUGUUCUUAUCAUCAUCACCAUCAUUGUUGUCUAGGAUGGUAGAGUAUCAAAAUUGGUACAGCACCCAACAAAAUGCCUUGUGGUAUUUUGUUAUGCCCUUUUACAUUCUGAGUUUGACUUUAUUUUAUUUAUUCCAGAAGGCUGAAAAGCAAAGCAACAGUCAUGUCCUGGCUUGAUUUAAUCAACUGUAUCUCUCUCCAUCAAAAUAUGGAUGGCAUUAUGCCUGUCAUUAUUAUUCUUGAAUACAUUGUUACUGUUUUCAUAGUUUUUGUAUAUGCAAUAUGUUUAUAAGGCUAAGCUGAAGACCAGUUCUCCACCUUUUUCUCACAAACUGUCAUAUCCAUUUUUAUUGAAUUAGAAAUAAUUAAGUUAACUUCUUUAAGCCUCUCAGAAUUUUGUUGCUUCCAAUUUGAAUUUACAGACAGCUGUCUGUAUGCAAUACAUAGGUCAGUGAAAUAGAGAAAUAUAUAGUUUUGGAUAAAAUAUCUCAUGGUAUUUUGUUGCAUUCCAAGUUCAUAUAUUGUGAACGUUGACUUUGCUUUUCAUCUUUUUGGCAGAUUGAUAAAAUAGGUAACAGUCAAAUACUGAGUUGAUUACAUCAACUCUGCCCACUACCAAAUUUGUUGUGUUGAGCUGAAGUUAAAAAUACGAAGUGAUAUUGCCAUCUUUUCUUUACAAGGACUAUGUGUUUAUAAACUGUUUGAUUAUGCCAUUUAUCAUUAAGGAGCUUUCUCAACACCCACUAUUUCAAAACAGAUUAACAAAUUAAAUCUCUUCAUUUUCUUGUAAGAGCAAUGGCUAAAUAAAAUGUCCUUUUUUUCUGGUAGUAUAGAUAAAACAAACUCCAUGAAUAACUACAUACAUACCAGUCAUUGUUGCAAAUAUAAAUACUUGUGAGGCUGUGUUGUGGUAGAAAUGGUAGUGUUCAACUAAAUUACCUUUCAGAAUAAAAUUUCAUUUCUCUGUUUCAAAUUCCAAUGGGGUCAGUAAAAUAGGUACAAGUCUUGGGUGAUUUUAUCUUAAUUACAUAAAUUUUUUAAAAAAUAAUUAUCAAUUUAAAAUUUAUUUUUAAUGAUUCAGUCAGAUGAGGCAAGGUAGCACUCAUUCAGGGACUCCAAGACUGAUGGGAAGAAAUCCUUUCAAAUUAGGGAGCCAGAGUAAAACUUUGCAACAGAAUGCACUCUACUAAAGACAUCCAUGAACCAGAUGGUGGUACUAGAUGAAGCAACAGAUUAAGUCAACUACUCUAAAAGUAAUUUGGUCCUCUUCCACAUCUGUUUAUACUGAAGUUGUUAAAUCACUUGAUUAUACACCUUCUUUCUAUCAGUACUAAGAAACCUUCCUUGAUAGUACAGUAGUAGUAGUAAGUCUUGUAGAGGAUAAUACAAUAUCUAAGCUAUAGACAAGCUAAGUCUACAGUACUGUUUGUCUUCUUUGUCACUUCAUGAAUGCCACUAAUGCCUUUUAGAAAAGUGGAACUUUAAUUUCCACCACGUCUAAAAUAUGCAACUUUGCCUUAGUUAGAAAUCAAUAUUUAACAACUUGUAAUACAAACUUGAAGUAAAUGACAAAGCAAUUUCUUCUGUGAUGUUUUUACCAUUUUUUUUUUCUUUUUUUAUAUAAUUAUAUAUAAUACUGGGAUCAAUCGAUUAAUCUCGAGUGUUUUUAUGGUUGUUAGAAAGUACAGUUUGGAGUUAGUUGAAACAAUCUACAUGUCUCAAGUAAAUUUCCUGCUUAAAAAAAAAAAAAUUUAAGUUUUAUCUUGCAAGGCCUAACUGCAGUUAAAUAAUGAUCUAACAGGAAUUUAUUAACUUAUAUUAAGAAUAUUGCCUAAGUGAAUUCAAAAGAAGUUUUUGUUGCUAUCAUAGCUAUACUAAUAGUUAUGUUUAUAGUAGCUGGAACUUUCUGAUGGUUAAACAUUUCUAACAUUUUCCAAUAAGCAAUAACCCAAUACUUAAUUCUAUUUAUGAACUUAAGAUUUUCUAAAGUGCUUCCAAUGAAAAAAUGUUAAUAACUUUUUUUACUUAAAAAAAAAAUCAAAAUUAAUCACACAAAAAAAAGAAAAAAUGAACCACAAACCUCUCAGUAUUUUAUUGUAUUCUAUUCUGAAAGUUAAUGUAUUCAGGUAAAACCACAAAAAAAAAAAAUUGUUUUUUUUUUUUUUCUCAAUUGAUGUU